GACACAGACCAAGGGAUUAUUCGAGAGAGAGACUGGACCAAUCAAGUGUAUGAUAUCAUCGGGUUGGUUAACCCCUACCGCUCACAUACUCGCGCCGGGUUGUCUGAGGUAAUCAUCAAAUUGUCUGAACAUUAUUUCCAGGAUUGUUUCUCAACAUCUGAGACAGACCAAUCCUCUCAAGAUGCAUCGGAUCUUAUUGGCCAUGCUAUUUUCCGUAGUUUUGGCUGAGAGGACGCCUAGGCUGAAAUUUGUUAUCCAAGAACCAGACAGGUUUCAUUUCGAGAAACCAGAGAACUACAUGACUGUAUACCACAAGCAGGGAACUGAUGUCCUCUACGUGGGAGGCCAGGCAGUUAUCUAUAUGCUGACAUUCACUGACAAAGGAGUCCAAGACACGAAGAUCCCAGUUGUCACAAAUCAGAAUGUCAAGGAGACAUGCCUCUCCAAAACUGCCUGGGGCACGCUAGACUGUGAUAAUUUCAUCACCGUUCUUGAAGAAGUCAAUGGUACAUUUGUGGUUUGUGGAACAAACGCAGGCUCUCCCAAGUGCUGGCUUCUGAACAACACUGUGCUCAGUGAGGUGCCCAAAGAUGGACGCAUGACCGCCGCGUCAGACAUCUUCCCCCGCUUCCCCUCCCACCGCUCCGUCAGCCUCUCAGCAGAGGGGAGUCUCUACGCUGCCCUGUCGACAGUGGAUCAGCAGCAGGGUUCUAUCCGUCGAGUCUUGGGGUCUGGACGGCUACUCAAAACCGAGAGCAAAUGGCUCCUCAACCCCCAGUUUGCGGGAGCGGCCUUAAUCCCAGCAUCGCACAAACACAAGGAGGAGAUCUAUUUCAUGUUCAGUGAGGUCAACAAGACGGCCAGUGUGGACGAGGAGCUCUACAGGGCACGUAUUGCACGUGUCUGCCUGACUGACCAGGGGGGUGCGAAGAACAUCCUGCCAGACUCCUGGACCACCUUCCUGAAGGCCCGAGUGAUGUGUGGCAGUGGGAACACCGCGCAGCAGUACAACAACAUCAAGCAGGCCUACGUCCUGACAUCGCAGAGGACUGGCAUCAUGUACGGUCUCUUCUCCAAUGCCUGGGAAACGACAGUUGUUUGUGCCUACUCCAUUGAAGACAUUGACCAGGCCUUCUCCACAUCCAAACUGAAAGGCUAUAACAGCCCUCUUAUUGGACAGCGCCCUGGAACAUGCACUGUGAACACCACAACACCUCCAAACACCAAGACCCUUGAGGUCAUCCGAGAUCACCCCGAGAUUGAGGAUGUGAUACGACCAAUCGGUUACGCUCCUUUGGACUUGCCCACGGACGACCAUUUCACUCAUAUCGUCAUGGGUACUGCGCUGGCUGUCAACGGCGAACACUAUAGUGUGGUCUAUCUCGGCACAGAGCAGGGAAAGGUGCUGAAGGUCCUCCACACUUUUGAUGAGGCAUUCAUCAUUUCCCAGUUCUCUCUCUUCCAUAACGAGGGGCCAGUACUGAGCAUGGCCAUAGACUCCCAGAAGGGUCACCUCUACGUGGGUACCUCCACAGAGAUCCAGCGUGUUCCCCUCGCAGACUGCAGUCGUUAUGGAGACAGCUGUCGAGAGUGUAUCCUGUCUAGAGACCCUUACUGUGGUUGGGACCGUGCAAAAAGGAAGUGCUUGGCCAUCCCAGCUGGAUACAACAUUAGCACUGGUGCACUCAGCCAAAACCUUGAUCAGUCCAACGCCUCAAUCUGCGGAGAUGUUAAAGCCAUGAAGAGCCGAGCCACGGUGCCUAAAGAUGUGGUCAUUAACUCCAAAGGUCCUGUCCUGCUCCCGUGCCCUGUCCGCUCCUACCACGCCACAUAUCGCUGGGAAAAGGACGACUGUAGCAAGCACUAUCCCUGCACCAUCUCAGGGACCUCCUGCGUGCUGGCGCCCACACCCGAGCUGCCUUUGAAGGAAGGUGUGUUCCGUUGCAUGGCCGUGGAAGACGGCUUCAAACAGGAAGUGGUGUCCUAUCGCCUGGUGUUCAAUGGCAGUCCACUUCCUGUCUCCUUGGCCUCCACCCUGAGCGUCUCUGUUCUUCUGGCCGCGUCCACCCUUUGGCUUCUGUAGGUCUGUGUUCCCCGUACCCCCUACCCCCACAUUGGUGAGCGAGUGAGUGAGUGAUGGACAAGAUGAUCUCAAGGUUAGGUUCGCAGAGCAGCGUUGCAGGCCUGGGUGAAUGAAUGACGUGAGUUGACCCUGUCUGUGUGUCACUCUUGGCUGUUUACGGCCUGCGUGAAUACUAGGAUUGUAGUACUUGAGUCUGGUCUCGAGACCACAAAUGAAUGGCCUUCGUCUUUACACUGUUCUCCAACAUGAAUUUUUACUUACCUUCAUCCCGAUGUCACCAGAGACCUGAUCUGAAUCACAAACCAAAAAUUGCAGAAAUAAUUUUGUUAAAAACAAUUCUGUCUUUUUUUGCCCCACUCAUGCAGCUGUGCCACCCCCUGCUACUUAGAACUGAUCAAGGCUUUGGCCUCUUGUCUCCUAACUAUUAUGGUAGUUUCAAGAAGGUACUUAAAGUCUCAAGAAUUCAAGUAGUGGUCUUGGCCUUGUCAUGCUUUUUGGUUGUGGGUUUUUAUGCAGUCCUCGUUGUUCUGGCCCAUUAUACAAGACAAUACAGGCCGAGAUCGUAGAUCAUCCAUUUGCAGCUUAUAGUUUUGCAAUAUGGCAAAUACAGCUUUUCUCUCUGAAAGUGCACUUCAGAUGGAAGUGGCUCAUGAAUUCUCUUUGGAGCUUAUUACAGUGACAAAAAUACUGUCCUAUGCUCAGUUCUACUCAGAAAUCAAAUGAUCAUUUAGUCAGUAAGAUCAUUCUUGAUUUACCAUCAAAAUUAACAUCUUCAACUCAUGGUGUAAAGAUUAGAAUCAUCGAAAUAUGGAGGUUAUAUAACCCUUAGAUAACAAAUAAAGAGUAGUGGGCAUAUUGUGAGUGUGGAGAGUUAAUACUAGAUGGGGGUCCGAGAGGGGGGUGUUAUCUGGAGAAAAGCAUAUUUCAUGUUUUAAAAUGUACCUCAGUGACUCAGUGUGUGAGUAGGAGUGGGGUUCAGUGGGAGAGAGAGAGUAAACAAAUAUCAAUAGCCAGAAGCUGGAAAAGGAAAGCUGGGCUUUGUUAUAGUUAAAUAUUAAAUUUGUUUUAAAUUACAUUUCUUGGUCUCGGUCUUGACUCGUACUCUGUCACCUAGAUUUUGUAAUGCCCCCCCCCCCCCCCCCCCUCCCCCCCCCUUCUUAGACUUGGUAGUAUCUUGAUCUGAGGCUCAGAAUUAUGAUCUUCAACACAACAUGAGUAAAAUGCUACAUUUCACCGAUGAAGCCUACAAUUUGCCUGGGGUUAAUACAUUUACUAAUGUUAAGUUAGGUUACCUUUGUAUUAAAUUAAUGAAUACAAAAACAGUACUGUACAACUGCUGAAGUCAUAGUAUGCAUUUAGAAUACAAAUAUGUAUACAUAUAGAUAAUAUAAAUUAUUUUAUACUCAUAUACAAUUUAUGUCUUGCCAAACAUACCAUAUAAUUUUAGUGUAAUUUUUAAAAACUAAUUUGAGUGCUUGGCAAACCUAUCUUUGGAUGCUGUAGGAGGCCUAAUGUCCCUGUUUGUAUUGGUAAAUGCUUUGACACUUGUGUGUAGGAUUUCAUGAAUUCUUAAAGCUUGAAAACUGCUGUAAUAAUGGCAACUAAUGAAUCCUCAAACAGAACAAUUCUGGAAAGUGGAGAACUGGAACUAAAAAGCCUUAACAUAUAUGGGAUGGUAUGUAUCCCUAAGCACAAUUCACAGUGAGAGCAGAGCUAAACUGUUGUUAAUACAUUUGAGAAAUGGCUUUGUGCAUGCCAUAGAGCCUUACUCUUCUUUAUUGUAUUGCAAAGGGAGACAAACCCCAGAGGAUCCACAGGUAUCGAUCCUACGUGUCACUGUGUCCAAGAUCAGUCUGCCGUCACCGCAGGCUCUGUGUCAUUCGUCAGAGCACAUUCCAUAGUUUUGCCUCUGCUUUGGCUUUUCCCAGUUGAGGUCAUCUUAAGUGAAGGUCAAGUUAGUUUGAGUAAAUUGUAGAAUUGCGUUUUGUAGUUGCUGUGAAACGAUGCUUGUGGUUAUAUCAAUACGUAGGUAUUGUGCAUUUUCUCUGCUCUGCAAAUGCCUACUUCCACCAUUGCUGCCUAUUUCCUAAAAACUGACAUUCUAUAUAUUAGUUGUGUAGUAAGGAUUCAUGCAUAAAACACUAACCAUGACCAUCACCAAAUGGCAAAUAACUUCACUGGCAGAGAAAAGGGGACAAUUAUUUGCCUAGUUUGUGAGUGGUAACUGAAGAAACUGAAAGUGCAUUAACCGCUAGAGGUUGAAAUGGAGCUUCAGAUAGCAGUCAUACCCAGUAGAGACUUUCUGGCUUAACUGUGCUAGUAGGUUGUGCUGUAAAAUGGAGCAAGUCUUGUUAUUUCUGAAACUCUGUCUCUCAUAACAGCUGACCCCAAAUACCAAUGAGGUUUUUCAUCCUUCUUUCAUUCCAGCACACAGUAUUAACCCAUCAGAACAACCAAUAUCGGUGUCAAAUGCAACAGAUGUGUUUUGAAUGUAAUUAUGGUUUAUGGACCUUUGCUUGUCCUUGUGGCCCUGAUGUGGCAAAUGUUUCCUCUAACGUCAUUUUCGUAGUGUUAUCAAAUGCCAAAAUAGUGAUGCUGUCGUAAGUGCCAUAUCUAAGUCCUCUGUCUGGCCCACUCAGCUGUGUUGGUAACAGACCAGAGUAGCAGCUGCCAACGUCCAGAACAAGUGAUUUAGUAGUGCUAUACUGUGCUAUACUGUAUAUAAAAUGGAAGACCAGACUAAUUCAGAACUUCUGCUAAACACUUUGACAAACAGCAUAAUGUAUUUGCUAUGUGAAUGUACUGGAUCUGGCGGCUGCAUUUAACUAACACAUGUGAAGAACUGUGCCAAACUCUGCUUCAUGUGAUUACACUUUGGACUAUGUAAUGGCCAUAUAUGUCUGUCUUUGUUUCUUUACUUUUGCCUCCGUAACUGUCAUACAGACACAUUAUCAAUAUAAAAUACCAUAUCUACUAGGCAUAUUGUGGAACAGUGAAAAGGAAUCAGUGUAAACAUUAGGAGCACCAUUUCUAAACAUUUGUUUGCAUACGAGCUAGACGACUGGGCCUGUAAUUUCAUAUUGCCUCAAAUAAAACCAUACCACAAAACACAUGUACAUUAAUAUUAAUUUGGGCCAAGAGAUGUUUUCAAAUGGGAACAAAGAGUCGACAACAAUUGAAUUGAAAACAUUACAUCACUUCUUGCAGCCGAUUAUUCUGAAAUGUAGGCCUACGGAUGAGCGGCAGGGAGGGUUGUUUUCCCAUCAUAUAAAACUGCUGGUACAUUUGCACUGCGUUUUGCCCAAGCAAAGUAUGUAAUUGUUUUUAUUUGUAUCGAUAGUAAAAUUAUUGUUAAGGUCUCUGUUGAUACUGUGUGGCCUCAUGGUACAUCAUGUCAAAUGCCAAAUAACUUACCAGCAUUUAUUUUUUUAACAGGACAGAUGCCUGUAUGAAAUGCAAUACAUCCAAAUGUCAUUGUGUAUCAUCGGCAUACAUUUCCCUGCACUGAAAAUGUACACUGAAAGAAUAAAGUAUUAAACAAAAAGGAA